GCCUCUCUUGCUGGCGCGCUAUUGCCAAAGUCAAAUGCUUCAGUUAUAAACAAGAAUCGGAAACGUGUAAAGUGUAGGUAGUUACAGUUUAAACAUGAAAAGCUCUUUUUUGUGCGUGUUGGUGAUUGUAACCCUUUUUGAGAGUUAUGUGUUGUCGUAUAUUCCAACAUGUCAGAAUAUCGCAAUAAGAAAUGGAAAAGUCAGACGGCGGCAGAGAGGCAGAAUCAUAAAAUUCAUAUGCAACACAGGAUACCUAUUGGCAGGAGAGAGACAUAGCGCAUGUGUACGCGGUGAAUGGAAUCCUCCAGCACCAAAAUGUGUUCGACCAACUUGUAACAAUAAGGUGCAGCCGCCAAGUAAUGGAUCCAUUUACCCUACACACAGUGGAGCUGCCCUUCAUUUCUUCUGUAAAGCUGGAUUCACUCUGAAAGGACCAAGCCACGUGUAUUGUGAUGGAAGGGCAUGGGACAACAACUCUCCUAUUUGUUUAUCUCAAGGAGAAAAACCAAGUCUUUCAUGUGACUUCGAAGACAAAGAAUUGUGUGGAUGGACGCACGACUUAAACCACGAUUUUGACUGGAGGAGGGAAAAUCACAAUACACCAAGUGGAGCUAUAGGCACGGGACCUAGUUACGAUCACACCAAGGGAAUUGGUGAAGAUGGUUACUACAUGUAUAUUGAGUCAUCGUCACGGAAUGAAAACGACACGGCUAGGUUAAUAUCUCCCGUUUAUGAUAAAGUGGACACUGAAGUAUGCUUCGAAUUCUAUUAUCACAUGUUUGGCGCUACCACUGGGUCUUUGAGAGCAUAUGUUAAGAAAAUCUCGGAAAACUGGAAUUUGGACCCCAAGAAAGCAUUUUUCUCGAUGAGCGGCAAUCAAGGUGAUAGAUGGUAUCGAGCAUUCCAUCGUCUUGGUAUAAUAGAUGACGAAUUUCAAAUUAUUAUAGAAGGCGUUAGAGGUCCUGGAUAUAUUAGCGAUAUAGCAAUAGAUGAUGUUAAAUUAAUACCAAACUGUACAGUGGAGGAAAAUGAUGCAGUUGCCACUACAACAGAAGGAACUACCUCGAUUACAGAAAUGAUCCAAAUAGUGGACACAUGUGACAACAGAUGUGGUCAGAAAGAACCAAUUUCUCACAACGUUUAUCAUCUCACAUGCGAUUGCGAUGCCACAUGUUUUGACAAUAAUCGGUGCUGUCCUGAUUAUCUAGACCACUGCGCUUUCAGUACUACAGAUGCUAUUGAAACAACUACAUCUACGGAACCACCAAACAUAAACGUCAAUAAGACCAGACCAUUAGAAACAACAGCAGCCCCUGUCAAGACUACAGCCAACUCUCAACCUCCCAGAUUUGUCAGUGAUGAUACUUCCAAAUACAACAAAACUGUGAUAACUUCUACGACUCUUCCAGCUCCUAGUAUAAGUACAAAGCGGCUGACGAAGGCUGCAACAAUCACAACUAUCUCACCUAGACCAAACACUCGUCCUACUAUCAAGAUCGAAACUCCACCUCGAACGACAAUAAUUAGAAAGGUGUUCACCAGACUUACGACUAAAGUAACUACCACCGCACCGACUCUCAAGCUUUAUUCUAGGCGAAGUACCAUUAAACCAACGAAACAAACAACUAAAAUGUCUUUACCCAUCAAAACAGCAGAAGAGGAAUCCAACGACAUCAUGGAAUUUAUGCCACCGUAUCCGGAAUCAAAGUCAACUUCUGCUUUUCCCGACGACGAAUCUUCUAAAGAAUAUUGGUCUGACGAGUACGAAAAUGUGGACUCGCCAGGUCUGAUCAAUUUCAGCGAAACGGAGAAGUUGAGCGUUAGAACAAUUUCGGAUACUCAUUAUAACCUGGCGCUAAUAUUAAUUUGCGGAUCGGGUUUAGUUAUGCUCGUAUCUGCUAUAGCAUUCAUCGUAAUACGGAGACAAGAGUGUUUCAAAAGGAGGAUACAUUUUUCGAAUAAUGGUGACAGCCAAAGCGACGUCAGGUUUUUGACGAAUAAUGAAGAAUUAGAUUUUACAUAUGAAUUGUGAUUUGCAUUAAUUUAUUAUAUAUGUUCCUAUAUUUUAUCGGUAUUUUAUUUAAUGUUGUGCCGUUGACUGUUAAUUGGGACAGUAAAAAA